UAGCCUUACUUCCCUUGGCCUCAAUUCCAACAAAAAACAAGGUGAGAUUCCAAUAUCCUUGGGGAAUAUGAGCAAUUUAAUGUCUUUAAAUUUAUAUGAUAACCAACUCACAAGGAAAGUGCAUUUUCCUACAUCAUCUUCCUCGUUAAUAGAAUUGGAUCUUUCUCAUAAUAUGUUUAAUGGUACCACUGCCCAGUGCGUAGGAAACCUUUCCAAACUCGAAGUUUUGUUUCUUCAUUCAAACAACUUUCAAGACAUAAUCACUGAAUCCCAUUUCUCUAAUCUUUCCCAAUUACAAGGGUUGUACUUGUCUUCCAACCCAGGCAUCUCCUUCAAUAUCAGUUUAGGAUGGAAUCCUCCUUUUCAACUGACACAUGUGUCUUUAGCGCACUGCAAGGUGGGUCCACAUUUUCCCACAUGGCUUAGAACACAAACAAGAUUAGAGGAUCUUGAUAUCUCUAAUGCUGAAAUUUCAGGCACCUUCCCUGAUUGGUUUUGGGAGUCAAGUCCAAAAUUACAGAGUUUAAAUGUAUCACAUAACAAUUUUUGUGGUGUCCUUCCGGAUUUGUCUCUGAAGUUCUCUACUUUUGGUUCGAUAGAUCUAAGCUUUAAUCAUUUCAUUGGUUCAUUACCAAUUUUCCUCCGAAUGGAUCUGUAG